AUGGGAAUUUGGACCACGGUUAAAAACACACCGGCAGACACACCCAUAACGUUUGAAACCGAAAGCGGCCAAAAAAUCAAUCACGCAGACCUCGUCAACACCAUUGAUGAAGCUCGUCAAGGAUACUGGUACUGGACAGCACUGUCUGCGCCUGAGGGUCACAGUCAAACAAUGAAAGGCUCGCAGUCUCACGAUGGCGUUGAUCAGGUUUAUUAUGGCCGUCGCUUCAUGUUUACUGACGAUGGAGCCCAAGUCAGUUUAGACUAUGCUCUGGACAAACCUGAUCUGAAGCAAUGGGACGAGGACGUCAAAUACGCUCCCCAAGAGGGCCUUCCUCGCUAUCCUGUCCGCACCCGCUACCUCAAGCCUGCAGAAACAGCUGCUCGUGAUAACCCAAAAGAGACUCGUCCUCUAGUUAUUCACUUGCAUGGACUUACUGGCGGGUCGCAUGAAAGCUACGUGCGCUCCACAAUUGUGGCUAUUCGUGAACACAAUGAUGUUGAAAAUGUUGUUUUGACUGCUCGUGGUUGCAACCGAUCGCCUAUCAUCUCUCCUCAACUUUCUUGCCCUCUCUGGACUAAUGAUUUGCGUUACUACCUUUCCCUUGUCAAGAGUACCCAACCCAAUCGUCGCAUUUAUGCGGUCGGCUACUCACUUGGUGCGGCUGUUUUGGCCAAUUACUUGGGCCAAGAAAGCGAAGCUAGCCCAUUGAGUGGUGCCUGUGUAGUUAGUGCUCCCUGGGAUCUCUACGUCAACCACCUCACUCUGCAUAAUUCGAUCAUUGGCAACAAUAUUUACGAGCCCGCGAUGGCUGCGAACUUGAACCGGCUAAUUCGCAACAACCAGAAGGUGCUCGACCAGAAUGCGUUCUUCAAGGAGCGUAUACACGCAGGCCCCCCUCCGAAAUCCAUGUGGGAGUUCCACGAUCGCUAUACCGCGCCAUUCCUCGGUUUCGAUAGCGUGUUUGAUUAUUACCGCUGCGCGUCACCUGUGCACCGCUUGCGCAAUAUUCGCACUCCUUGCCUAAUUCUCGCUGCCGAGGACGAUCCUGUCUGCGGUGACACUGUUGUACCUUAUCUUGAUGCAUCCCGCAAUCCUUACACCCACGUUGUGAGCACCACCACGGGGGGCCAUUUGGGAUGGUUCCCUCUGAAAGGUCAAAGAUGGCAUUCGAAGGUUGUCGCCAAGUACAUUCUUGCGAUGGAGAGCGUUGAUACUCGUAAAGUGCAUGCAGAGUUCAACUACCCGGCCCGCCGCUUUUUUAAUGGGUCUCGUCUUGUAUAUUGA